AUGGAGCAUAAGGAUCACACGGUGACCCCGUUGUCCCUACUGGACACCGAUCUAUACAAAUUUACAAUGCAGCAAGCGGUGUUGCAACAUUUCCCCGGCGUCGAAGGCACAUACAGGUUCACUCACCGCGACAAGGACGUGUACUUCACUCGCGAAUGUUUCGACCGCUUCAGGCGCUCUGCGGCCCAGUUCGACAAGCUCAAGCUCACGAAGGAAGAGCGCGCGUGGUUGGAGAAGGCUUGCCCUUACUUCGAAACGUCGUACCUAGACUACCUGGAAGCGUACCGUUUCAACCCCGAUCAGCUGCGUCUGCGCUUCGAACCCAUUCCGGAAGACAAGGAACGGAAUGAACGAGGCGAUCUGAGUGCGCGCGGCAGGAUUCAGAUCGAGGCAGUGGGCCCAUGGCAAGAAACCAUCCUCUGGGAGGUCCCGCUCAUGGCCUGUCUGAGCGAAAUCUACUUCACAACGGUUGACACGGACUGGGAUUACGAGGGGCAAGAGGAUGCUGCCUACCAGAAGGCGACGGUGCUGCUCCAGGCUGACUGCGUAUUCAACGAGUUCGGUACUCGGAGAAGACGUUCCGCUCGCACGCAGGAGCUUGUCUUGCAGGGCAUCCUUCGCGCGGAGCGCGACCAUCCAGGAAGGGGAAAGGUCAACGGAACUAGCAACGUAUUCUUCGCCAUGAAGUUCAACGUCAAUCCCGUUGGGACUAUUGCCCACGAAUGGUUUAUGGGUGUGGGUGCGCAGAAGGGGUAUGAACAUGCUAACGGCACAGCACUCGAGCUAUGGGAGAAGACAUAUCCCAACGCACUUCUUAUCGCGCUUACGGACACGUUCUCCACCGAAGCAUUCUACAAGGACUUCCUGGCCAACAAACAUUUCGCCGAACACUGGACAGGCCUGCGCCAAGACUCUGGGGAUCCUUUCGUCUACGCGCCGCGUGCGAAGGAGAUAUACCAACAACUCGGCGUAGACCACACCAAGAAGAUCAUAAUCUACUCCGAUGCGCUUAACGUGGAUAAAGCAUUGCAGCUGAAGAAGCAAUGUGAUGAGUUGGGCUUCAAGUGUGCCUUUGGCAUCGGGACGUCGCUGUCGAAUGACUUCAAGAAGAAGUCGAGCGGUGGUUCAGAGAAGAGCAAGGCUUUGAACAUGGUCAUCAAGCUCUCGUCAGUGUAUGGCAAACCAACUGUUAAGAUUAGUGACGAAAUUACGAAGAAUACCGGAGAUCCUACCACGGUCGAAUACGUCAAGGAACUAUUUGGAAUCCCGGUAACAAAAGAAGACGAAGUCAGCUGA